CUGAUCUCUUUCUCCUCCACUUCUUUUUCCCUCUACAUAUAUCUACACUCCCUUCUCUCCUUCUUCUAGACUCUUUCUUCUUCCAUUCCCAUUCAUUCCUUUAUUCUCUCUCUCUCUCUCUCUCUCUAACCCUCUUGUACUGCAGCAUCGAGGGUCGGAUCGUAGGCCAUCAUCCUCGACAUCAUCCUGGUCUCAAAAAAUAUCAUUAUAGACGGGUUGCGUUGAGUCAGCGUGCGGCUAGCUGUAAUUCUGAAACCGAUUGUCGGCACCGCGUUAUAGAUGACGCAAUCCGGCAACUGUACGACUCUCUUGCAGUACAGGGCGGGCGGCACCGCCCUCGACGCUCUGAUGGUGGUGGUGUCGGUGAUCAUGGGCCUCCUCGCAGUUCUCCUCCUGGUCCGUGGCUUCCUCGGCCGCCUCUCUGGAGCCGCCGCCAGUGCUACUCCCACCGUCCGCUACUUCCUCUGGGUCGUCUUCGCCCUCUUCCUCCCUCUCACGUCGUACAUGUUCUCCGAGGUGAAGAACUCGGGCGAAGUCCUCCGUCCGCAGCUCAUCCUGCUGUGGAUGAUCCUGGCCGAGAUCCUCCGCAAGAAGCUCGAAGGCGUCAGCACGAUAAACGACUCCCCUCUGCAGGGCGUCAACAAGCAGUCGACGUGGGAUGCCGUCGACCAGAUCGUGCGCAUCGCAUGGCUCGGCUACCUGAUCUACACGUACGCAAUCAAAUGGGUACUCGUCGCCCUCUGGGCUUUCAGCAUCGUCAAGGUCGCGCAGAGAGUCGCUGCCGUCGAGUUCGCCAAAUGCUCCUUCGCCUUGGGGAAAAGCCCGCACCUCAUCGCCGGUUACAUGCGCCAAUUGUCCGAAGAAGCAGCAGAACAACAACAACACGAAACAGCAGCAGCAACAGGAGGAGAAGUAGUAAAUAACGCAACGACGGCGAUGAAGGCAUGCAAGUACGUGAUCAUGGGAGAAGACAACGUGACGAGAAAGGUGGGCCCUCACGGCUACAGUCUCCCGCUCUCGGUUGCCGAAGAGAGGGAGAAGAUGGUGACCGUCGGCGACGUGUGGCAACUGGCUGCAAGCGGCGACACCCUUUUUGCCUCGCGGCGGCUGAAGCUCAAGGACCUCUGCCUCUCCUUCGCUCUUUAUAAGCUACUGCGGAGGAGGUUCGAGGAGUAUUCGUCCGCUGAGGCUGGCCGCCAUGAGUCCCUUCACUUCUUGCUGCGCGGCUUGCUCGGUGACGACAAUGACGACAGUCCCCGUGACAAGGGCGAGAGGGUCUUCCGUGUGAUUGAGGACGAGCUCAGCUUCCUCAGCGACUACUACUACUCCACGAUCCCCCUCAUGCUGUCGAAUCUCUGGUUCUUCCUCCUCAACUGCGCGCUCGUGUUCGUCAUCCCGCUCUUCUGCUCGAUCGUGAUCUUCGUCAGCAUCGUCAUUGGGCGCGAUGGCCUUAUCUGGUGCGUCUUCGAUCAGCUCAUCAAUAAAGAGGUGACAGUGUCCAUCCUGUAUUAUCCGACCAUCACGCUCUUCCUCAUCGCCACACUCUUCUCGCUGGAGCUGGUGGAGGUCGUCGUCUACGUGCUCUCCGACUGGGUCAUGGUCUCCCUCCUCUGCAUCUAUGCGAAGAAGCCGUCGUGGCGGCAAUUUGAGAUCGUCGGCUGGGCCCUGACCAUGCUGCGGAGGGUGAAGACCUACUUGAAUCGUGUCGAGUUCAAAUUCAACCAGCAUUCUAUCCUAGAACCGCGCGGUCGCACCCUGCGGAUCUUCUCGCAGCUCGUGCUGCGCCAGCGCUUCCUCCUCGUCCAGUCGACGCUCUUGAAGAUCGUGCUGCACCGCCGCUACCUCGGUGUGCGGUCGACGCCCGUCCCGAAGGAGGUGAAGGCGGUGAUCGCGAAGUAUCUCGUAGGCAACAGAGGCCGCGGCCCUGUGCUGCCCAUCGGAGAGUCCGUGCUGUGGCGGAACGGGGCCGCGAGAGAGGAGCUGCUGCAGGCUUGCAAGAGCGACGGCGCGGCGGAGACGAUCAUCGUCUGGCACAUCGCCACCUGCCUCUACGAGAUGAAGCACCCGUCGUCGCCGCCGUCGCAGCAGCAGCCUCAGCAGUCCGACGACCACGACAUGCAAGAGAACCGUAGGAUUGCCGAGACACUGUCCAAGUAUUGUGCGUACCUGGUGGCGCUCGCGCCGGAGCUGCUGCCCGACGACGCGGAGGCGACGGCGACCGUGUACAAGGCUGCGGUGAAGGAAAUUCAGGAUGCUAUAUUGAGACGGCGUGAUCAUAAAGCGGACAAUUUCGAGCGCGUGACGAGCAUGAAGAAGGCGAAUGGGACGGCGGCGGAGAGGGGAGCGAUGCUCGGGCACCAGCUGGUGGGGGACGAGCGGCUGGUGGAGGACGAGCUGCUGGACGAGCAGCUGGUGGGGGACGAGCGGCUGGAAGAGUGGCAGGUGUGGAAGUUGCUGGCGGAGCUGUGGACGGAGAUCGUGGUCUACAUUGCACCGUCGGACGACGUCAAGAGCCACGCGCAAGCGCUGGCACACGGCGGCGAGUUCAUCACCCACAUCUGGGCGUUGCUUACUCAUGGCGGCAUUCUCCGGUGGCCCGCCGCUGCCGACGAGAACGCUCCUCCUCCUCCUCCUCCUCCUGCUGCUGCUGAUGAUCAGUCUCCGGUGUGAUGAGUGUCCAACUGAUGAUCAGUUUAGCUAGGUCUCAUACUCUACUUAUAAUUACGUACGUGCAUGCAUGCAUUGUUUGCUCUCCUUUAAUUUAAGAUGUUUGAGUAGAUCGUGCUCGUUUAGGAACGCGCGUGUGUGGAUUGCAAUGACAUCUUCUUAUUAUUCUACAGGUUAUAGGCCUGGUUUGGAAUUAAUUAAUUAGGUCGCAAAAUUGACAUGGAUGUAUCUGCUGUUGUAAUUAAUUUGAAAGUUUCAAGAAAUAAAGGUACGUGCAUUGAUCAUAUAUAUUCUGAA